CGCUCCAGACCGGAAGUGCUGACAAAGAAAACACAGCUUCUACGUUGCCUUUCUCUCCGAAGGGACGUCGCGGACAAACAAACAUGGAACACGGCAAGACGCGGAGUCUCCGGGUGUCACUUUUCGUCUCUUUUCUCUAUUUCGCGACCCGCCUCGGCGACGCGGACGCCAGCGGACUGCACUGGAGACGGAGCGCCCCGACGGCGGAAACGGAGGAAAACUACAACAAAUACUACAAUUAUGUGGAACUAACCAGCCGCCUGCGGACGUACGCGCAGAAGUACCCGCACAUAGCCAACUUGUCCAGCGUAGGCCAGUCCGUGCAGGGCCGGGAGCUGUGGACCAUGCGCAUCACCAGGGACCCCCUCGUAGACUCGCCCGGGAAGCCCGGGUUCAAGUACGUGGGCAACAUGCACGGCGACGAGACCGUGUCCAGGCAGGUCCUGGUCUACCUUGUGGAGUACUUGCUGAGCGAAUACGACCGGGAGCCGCGUAUCGGCGCGCUGGUGAACACCACCGACAUCUACAUCAUGCCCAGUAUGAACCCGGACGGCUUCGAGGUGUCCAAGGAGGGGGACUGUGGCGGACACACCGGGGGGAGGAACAAUGCGAAGAAAAUGGACCUGAACAGGAGCUUCCCCGACCAGUAUGAUGGCGUCACUGCAACGGCUGAUACCAUCCCGGAGGUGCUGGCUGUGAUGAGAUGGAUUCAGGACAAAAAGUUUGUUCUGUCGGGUAACCUGCAUGGCGGCACUGUGGUCGCCAGUUACCCUUUCGACGACUCGCCUUCCCAUCCGCAGCAAGGGGAAUACAGCUCGUCGGCGGACGACACCCUCUUCCGCUACUUGGCCAGAGAGUACUCAAAGAACCACCCGGUGAUGAGGACUGGUCAGCCCAACUGUCCCGAAUCCCCAGACGAGACCUUUGAAGAUGGCAUCACCAACGGGGCGCUGUGGUACGACGUAUCAGGAGGAAUGCAGGACUACAACUACGUGUAUGGAAACUGUCUUGAAAUCACCAUGGAGCUGAGCUGCUGCAAGUAUCCUCUUGCUGCCGAGCUCCGUAAGGAAUGGGAGCUAAACAAAGAGUCUCUCCUGGCCUACAUGGAAAAGGUCCAUAUUGGGAUUCGUGGCUACGUAAAAGACAAGGCCAGCGGUUCAGCCCUCCCCAACGCCAGCAUUGUGGUGGCAGGCAUCCGCCACAAUCUGACCACUGGAAACCAUGGAGACUACUACAGACUCCUGCUCCCGGGAGUCUACAACGUCACUGCCGUGGCCACAGGGUACACGCCAGUCACCGUCAACAAUGUGCAAGUUUUGGAAGGAAACGCCACCCGGCUAAAUUUGACAUUAGAGACAGUGGCCGUUGAGCAAAAUCUUGCAAGCAACAUGUCUCUGACCACGCCCUUCACGCCGCCAACCACUGCUCCUCCACCAGCCUCCACCUCCAUUACCAACACCCCUGAACCCACACCCACCCAAGUGGUGUCCUCUACGGGAAGUCCCAGCACGUCCUCCCAGUUACCACCUCAACCGCCGCCCAUUCAACCGCAGGAUUUUCGGCACCACAACUAUGCUGACAUGGAGCUCUUCUUACGCAAAUACAGCAGCGAGUUCCCGUCUAUCGCCCAUCUUUACUCAAUCGGCCGCUCGGCGGAGGGCCGGGAACUCUACGUUAUGGUCAUCUCGGACAACCCUACCGUGCAUGAACAUGGUGAACCCGAGUUUAAAUACGUGGGCAACAUGCAUGGCAAUGAAGUAGUGGGCCGGGAGUUGUUGCUCAACCUCAUCGAGUACCUGUGCCUUAACUACGGCACCGACCGGGAGGUCACGGAGUUGAUCAACGACACUCGUAUCCACAUCAUGCCUUCCAUGAACCCUGACGGCUACGAGGUUGCCACUGAAGGCGAUGUAAGAGGCACCAAAGGCCGCAACAACAGCAAAAAGUAUGACCUGAAUCGCAACUUCCCAGACCAGUUUGCCACCGUCAAAGAUCCAAGACAGCCAGAGACCGUCGCCGUGAUGAACUGGCUGAAAAGCAACCCGUUUGUCCUGUCCGCUAAUCUCCACGGAGGUUCUUUGGUGGUCAACUAUCCCUUCGAUGACGACAAAGAGGGGAAAACAAAGUACAGCAAGUGUCCUGAUGAUAAGAUUUUUCAGCAGUUGGCUCGUGCGUACGCGCAGGAGAACCCUCUGAUGCACAGUGGACACCCUUGUGUGGAACUCUACUCCAGGGAAUACUUUGCAGACGGCAUCACCAAUGGUGCCAACUGGUACAACGUUGCUGGUGGCAUGCAGGACUGGAACUACGUAAACACCAACUGUUUUGAGGUGACGAUAGAGUUGGGUUGUGUGAAGUACCCCCGGGCCAAGGAUCUGCCAAACUACUGGGAGCAAAAUCGACAAUCUUUGCUUCAGUAUAUCCACCAGGUUCACAGCGGGAUAAAAGGCACCGUCUCGGAUAUAAGAGACGGUUUGGGGAUCCCCAAUGCCACCAUUCACGUGGAGGACAUAGACCACAACAUCAGCACAGCUCUGACUGGGGAUUACUGGAGACUGCUGGUCCCUGGGACCUAUUCUGUCACUGCCUCUGCCCAUGGAUAUCAUCCUGUGAGGACAUACGCUACCGUGGUCCAGAAGGGAGCAGAGGUGGUGGACUUCAGACUGACACGGGUUCACUCGGACCUGAAUGGCCUGUCGCCCUCCGGACCCAAGCCCACCCAAAACCCAUCUGAGGAAGAGUUCAAGAGCUUGAUCAAGGACCUUUCUCUCGGCCAGGGUCUAGAACAGUUGGUCCGGAGCACAGACACAGAGAACAGCUUCAGAUUCCGAGGUUACAAGGAGCGGUCUGCAUUCCUCCGAGGCCUUACGCUCAACUUUCCCAAAAUUACACACUUACACAGUUUGGGCCAAAGUGUCGAGUUUAGAACCAUUUCGGCGCUGGAAAUCUCCAACAACCCAGGAGAGGCUGAGCCCUCUGAGCCCAAAGUCCGCUUUGUGGCAGGGAUCCAUGGUAACGCCCCUGUAGGCACUGAGCUGCUGCUUGAGUUUGCUGCCUUCUUAUGUAUCAACUAUGGCAAGAACGCAGCCAUUACAAGGCUCAUCAAUGAGACGAGGAUAGUGAUUGUGCCGUCAGUCAACCCUGAUGGAAGAGAACAAGCGGCCGAGACGCAGUGCACUUCCACACAGGGUUUUAGCAAUGCCCACGGCAAGGAUCUGGACACAGACUUCUUUGGCAACGCAUCACAGCGUGUGGUCGAGCCACAGCCGGAGACCAAAGCCAUGAUGGAUAUGAUAUUAGAUAAAGGCUACACUCUGUCUGUGGCCCUCGAUGGAGGCUCCCUUGUGGCUACUUAUCCAUACGAUAAGCCUGUCCAAUCAGUGGAGAAUGAAGGCACUCUGAAGUACUUGGCGAGUGCGUACGCCAACAACCAUCCCAAGAUGCACCUCGGCGACACAGGAUGUUCAAAUAAUGGGCAGACAAGCAACAUUCCAGACGGAGUUAUGAGGGCAGCAGAGAGACAGAGCCACAUGGGCAGUAUGAAGGACUUCAGCAUGGACUUUGGCCACUGUCCAGAGAUCACCGUGUACACUGGCUGUUGUGUGUUUCCUCCAGCCGAGCAGCUGGCCACACUCUGGGCAGAGAACAAGAAGCCUCUUCUCAGCAUGUUGGUGGAGGUCCACAAAGGGGUACGAGGUGUGGUGAGAGACAAGAGCGGGAAGCCCAUCGUCGGCGCCAUCGUUGUCUUGAAUGGGGGAGUGAGAGUGUUCACCGGGGAAGGCGGCUACUUUCGAGCCCUGUUGGCUCCGGGGAACCACAACAUCGAAGCGGUCGCCGAUGGCUACCAGCAACAACGACAAGAGGUGGUGGUGUCCUGCUACGAGGCUGCCAGCUCCAUCGUCAUCGAGUUCGACACGGACAACCGCAUCUUCGGCCUGCCCAGGGAGUUUGUGGUGGCCAGCGCAGCCGCCUCCAUGACGGCGCUGGUGGUGACGGCGUGCAUCAUCUGGUGCGUGUGCGCCGCCAAGUCCAACCGGCAGAAGGACGGCUUCCACCGCCUGCGGCAGCACCGGGACGACUACGACGACGAGAUCCGGCUCACGUCCAUGGGCUCCAAGAAGUCCCUCCUGGCGCACGAGUUCCAGGACGAGAGCGAGAGCGACGAGGAGACGCUGUACGCCAACAAAAUCUGAGCUUUUGUCGCGGAAAGACCAAGCAAUACCGGCGAACUUACUCUUUCAGAGGAAGACAGUUUUUUUUCAGCGAUGCGUUCACAGCCAGUAAAUCUCAGUUACCUCACCAGUCACGAAAUCCUGCCGAUGCCUUCCUUUGUUACCUAAAA